AAUUAAAUUUUCCAAAAAUAUGUUAAUCUUUAUAUCGCACCUAUUACGGACGAUUAUACGAAAACAGCAACUGUUUAGAUUGUUGAUUACCCUAGUUAUGUUUGAACAGAUAAACCUAAUCGAUUGCUUAUCUAUGUACGGGGCUGCUUAUCAGCAGGGUCCCUGGUACAACUUAAUGAAACAGUAGUUCGUGAUCCUGACCGUUGGGCACCCCGAUUUCGAAACAGGAAAUUUACUGAUAAUGAUGGUACAGCCAGUGGCGAAAGAACAAAAUGCGAAUUUCGUGUGAAUUCUAGAGCUUCGGUUUAGAAGAAAGGAUUUUUGUAUUCUGAUGUGGCUGAAAAAAUGAUCAGUGCUGUAUGCUGUCUCUUUUGUCUGAUGAUGACUGUUGCUCAGUGUGAACUUGUACAAGAUGAUAGGGAACUGACCAAUUAUCUCCCAUACUACUCAGAACUGAAAAUUGAAACCAUGAGAAUUAAGGCAGGUACACCAGUAAUCCUCAAAUGUUCACCUCGAGGAGAAUGGGAAUACAAGUGGUGUGAACCUAGUUAUAGAGGAGUUACUUGUGAUACUAAAGAUGUAACAAAACUGGAAGACAGUAUCCAAUGGAGAAAACUACGUGUUAGAGACCGUCUGGAUCUCGGUGUUGCCAAAUCCAGUUUGAAUGGCAUAUAUCGAUGUGUAGAAAAGCGAAAAGUACGCAAAGCUGUACUUGUGGAAGUGGUAGAUAUAGACACUUACAGUGGCCCACCUCCAUCAGUAACCUCCCUCAAAACGGCCAACAUCACUGAUCAGCUGAACGUAGAGUUCACAAUACGUUGCAACGUAACCAGUGUAGUACCACCGACGAUUAUCUGGUUCAAACAAUGUUCCGGUCAUAAAUGCGACGUUCAAUACGACGCCAUUUGUUACUGUCAUUUAAACGAAAGUACCCCGGUACUUCACUUAGGUCACAUGCAUAUAGGAAAACUCAGCAUAUACAAUGCCCGAGCAUUCGACAGUGGUUUAUAUGCUUGUUUAGCUGUUACAGAAUAUGGUAAAGACUAUCGCAAUGUCAGUAUUGAAGUGCCUGACAGUGAAGGCAUCGUGCAUCAGCGUGAUUCCUCGUUUUCUUUACUGUUUCUUGUUCCAUUGCAUUUCGUGUUUAUACCUGUUAUCGUUUGGUUGUGUCAUGUUCGUAGAAAACGACGCAUCGCACAAACAGAACAACAGAAAAACCUGCUGAGGUCUCACGCCACAACAUCUCAAGCUUGAAUGACUAUUUUGACUGUGAUAUUUUGAUUUAAUAUUGUAAUUUAAUAAAAUUUGGAAUUAUUUAAUUUGUUUUAAUUAAUAAAACAUGUAAGAAUA